AUGGCUAUAGGUGGUUAUCCAAUUCCUAAUGGGUAUAUAGUUAGCGUAACAGUUUAUGGUAUAAAUUUAAUUGCAAAAACUCAAUAUAAUUCUUAUGAAGAGGUUCUAUAUACAAUUACUUGGGAUAAUGGAACAAAACAGUCUGUCUCAAGCAAUAAAUCAGCUAAGCUAGAUGUAAAUGAGUUACACAUUAAUUUUCAAAAUUUGAAAUCUGAAAAAUCUCAAUCAAAUCAAUUUUUAGAUUCAAUUGUUUGCCAUGAAUAUAAAAUUGAGAGGCAUCGACAAGAAAUAACAAAGAUUAUGGAUAAUAAAAUUCCAAUUCACAUGGCUCAAAAAUCACCAGUUUUACAAUUAGGGGAUGUUAUUCAUAUUAAAUUAAGUGGAGAUAAAAGACAAGUGGGCAAGCACCAUAAUCACGUAAUGGUAACUAUGUGUAUAUUAAAUAAGCAUAAUAUGGUUUUAAACCCAUUUAAUCAAUAUUGUAUUUUUCUUUAUGAUGAGACAGAACAAUACGAAUCUCUUCAAAUAGUUUUUAGUUUUUUAAUUUGCGAAUUAACAACUUUAAAUGUGGACGGAAUUAUUGACUCAAAUAACAAUCAUUGGAAAAUUGAGUUUUGGUUUGGUUCCGAUUGGAAAUUUAUGUCUUUAAUUCUCGGUACUAAAGGGCCAACAGCGAAUUAUUUUUAUCUAUAUUGCGAUUGCAAAAACACGGACCGUUGGGAUAUAAAUAAGGAUUAUGAAAAUUUAUAUAAUACACAAGAAUGA